GGAUGCAUUUCGACGGUGACGUCAUCACUACGCGCUGCGGGAGAGCGUUACUAUAGAGACGGAGGCGUUGCUCGGAGCCGUUACCCAGGGAAGCUAUGCUACGCUCCAGCGACAACCUUUGGGACCUAGCGAUAACUGAGGUGCAGAAAAAGGAGAGUGCAGAGGAUGACCCAGAAGUAUCCACAGAGACUGAGCGAUCGGUGUUCUUUAUAGGCAACAAACAUGGGGGAAAAACAACCAUUAUCCUGCGAUGCACUGACAGGGAUGAAGCUCCAAAACCCACCUUAGCACUAGAGUACACAUUUGGUCGUAGAGCAAAAGGUCACAAUACCCCAAAAGAAAUUGCUCAUUUUUGGGAACUUGGCGGUGGGACAUCACUAAUGGAUUUAAUUCCUAUUCCAAUAACAAGUGAGAACAUUGGUUGUUAUAUCUAUGAGAGCAUAUGUAUCAUAUGUAAUAUGUGGAUUAUCGCAUGGUUGUUGCAGGCACGUGGAGGCAGGACAUUUUCUGUAGUACUUGUUCUAGAUCUUUCAAAGCCGAGUGAACUGUGGUACACAAUGGAGAACCUGCUGCAAGCCACCAGGAAGCAUGUGGAUAAAAUCAUAACCGAUAUUGGAAAGUUAAACUCCAAGGCAACCAGUCAAGUAAUAGGCAGGAGUAUACCAAAGGACCAUCCAGACAGAGAAUUAAUUGAUCCAUUUCCGUUGCCUUUACUAAUUAUUGGAAGCAAGUAUGAUAUUUUCCAGGAAUUUGAGUCGGAAAAAAGAAAAAUAAUAUGCAAGACACUGCGAUUUGCAUCCCACUACUACGGAGCAUCACUGCUGUUCUCAAGCAAAUCUGAAACCCACAAAGGAGUAUUACGUUCAUUUGUUAAUCAUUUGGCAUUCGGACAAGACAAGAGCAAGUUUGUGUCAGUGGAUCACAACAAACCACUUGUUAUUCCAGCUGGAUUGGAUUCCUUAAAUCAGAUUGGAUCUCCUCCCGCCUCUGACAGUGACCUGAGACAGGGUAAUGUGCGCACACCCUUGGAGUUAUGGAAGAAGAUCUACGAGAGAUAUUUUCCUGCCAAGAAUACAAAUGACUCUAAAGAAAUAAAGGAUCCAGCAAAAGAUCCACAAUAUUCUGAAAGAGAGAUUGAUGCUAUGCGGUCUCAAAAGGAUCUGGAGCUGGAACAGUACAAAAGGAAUGCUGACAAGUCCUGGAAAUCAAUGGCACUUGGACCUCUUACACGAUAACUAUUUAAUGUGAGAUAACAAACUAUAGUGCAUAAAAAAGUUUCAUUAUUUGAGUUAAAGUUUUGUAUGUCUUUGGAUUUUAUUUUAUACAAUAAAAAAGCUUUGUAUACAGAA